AAAUCAGGAACCCCCAAUAAAUCUAUCCACAAAAUGGGGAAAAAGCUAGGGUUUUCUACACCCUAAUCGAAGCCUCAAAAAAUUUAGAAUUGGAUUUUGAAACUAGUAGUGACUCACUCAUCGUAAUUCUAUAUCAAUUUUGAAACCCAUUCAAAAAUUUGGGCUAGAGGGAUUUAUUUUUUCUGUGGAAUUUGUGUGAAUAGUUGGAAAUUCGCAACUUUUUGUGUUUAAUUAAUGAGUGGGGAAGCGAUGGCGGAUGAGUACGAGAGCGAUCCGGAGGAGGCAAAGCUUUCAUUGAAUUUGCGGAGAAGAGAGGCGAGCGACGAUGAAGAGGAGGUGGAGAUUGGAAAAAGAGAAGAGCCUGGAGAGAAAUCAAGACGUAGUUUGGAGUCAGAUUUGGAAUCAGAUGGCCAAGGUGGUGCUGCGGAGUAUGAGGAUGAAUUAGAGGAGGAAGAAGAACAGGAGUAUUAUGAGGAGGAGGAUGAGUAUGCAGAGGAGCAAAUUGAGGAGUUGGAGUAUGAAGAGCAAGGUGGUGGCGGUGGAGAGUCAGUGGAAACUAAAGGAGGGGUUGAGGGAGAUAUAAUAGAGGAAAAGCUUUUGAAGAAUGAUGCAGAUGAGAUCAGGAAUAAUAAUAAUAAUAAUAUUAAUGAUGGUCAGCAGGUGGAGGAGGAGAAGAAGGUGACUGAGCCAUAUGCAGUGCCCACUGCAGGGGCAUUUUACAUGCACGAUGAUAGGUUUGGGGACAAUGCUGGUGGGCGAAACAGGCGAACUCUUGGUGGAAGAAAGUUAUGGGAGUCUAAAGAUGAUCGGAAAUGGGGGCAUGAUAAGUUUGAGGAGCUGACGAUUCAGGAAAGGCAUUAUGAAGAGCGUAGGAGGACUUCUAGGGGUCGUAACCGGGGUCGCGGUAGAAAUAGAGGUGCAGACAUUGGAUCUUCACGAGAGCAUAGGCUCAAAGCAUUCAAUAAUAACAACAAUCAGAAUAGUUAUAACAAUCACGGCAAUGCUCCGAAGGGUGUGAGGGGGCGAGGACCUCAGAAGUAUCGGCCAACUUUUAGAAGCAAUAAUGAGGCACCUCGUGCACAAAACAAACAAUCUGGAAGAUCAACUGAAAAACCUUCACAUGUUAGCUCUGGGAGAACUGGCAUAUCUGUGUCAAAAGUAGCACCUGAUGCGAAUCCACCUAGAAAACAAGUGUUUCCAUCAAACUUAAGCAUUACUUCUCCUCCAUUUUAUCCCUCUGGUUCUUCCACAAAAGAGACCACUUUGUCACAGAGAGGGGAUGCCCAAGCUGGCACAACUAGUCGGAAUGUUCAAUCAUCUGCUUCUGGUGAGAGUUUUCCAAUUGCUCAAUCCGCCACAUUGCUGCAGGGAAAGGAUAUGGUGGAUUCUAUUGGCACGAAUAAGCUUUAUAUUGAUGGUUCAGUUUCUACAGUGGCUGGGAAGCCUUUCAACACCAUGCAAAUGCUGCCAUCUUCUUCAUCAAUGAACUCUACUCAACCUCCACCUCUGCGGGGUCAAGGGAGAGGGGGGAAUUCUUCGGCGCAAAUGACAUACAAGCCAGUUGUUUCUAAUAAUCAAGUCAACAGGGGUUUUCCACCAACCCAGCAACAAACUGUUCAGAGAAAUCCUGUUCGAAGUCGGCCUCAAUCUUCUUUUUAUUCUUCUGGUCAGCAAUUUCCGCGUCUUGAUGGUGGAUCACAAACUUCUCCACCAAAAGCAGUAGCUAUAGAAUCAUUUGAACCUAUAGAGCUGGAAUCUUCUUCAGACUCGGGUAAAUCCAAGACUGCAUUGGUUGCUAAAGGAAAAAGUAGUGUUCAAGUUGGUGGAAGGGGCCCCUUUCUAUAUAGUGGAGCUCAGGUUAUGGGGGCCUCUGGAAAUGUGGGCAGUGGUAAUGGUGAUCAAAAUUUCCCUGCUUUCUUGCCAGUUAUGCAAUUUGGAGGCCAGCACCCUGGUGGCAUUGGAGUUCCUACUGUUGGCAUGGCGUACCCUGGAUAUGUAGCUCAAUCACAACUUGGUUUAGGGAAUUCUGAAAUGACUUGGUUACCAGUUUUAGCUGGUGCUGCUGGGGCUCUAGGGACAACAUUUGGUUCACCAUAUCUCUCUCUUGAUGGUUCAUACAAUGCUCAUCAAUCUGGACAGACAUCCUCUGUACCAGCUGCCUCAAGCAAAGAAAACAAUGCAACUAAAAUUGAUAAUGAUGGGAAGCCCAUACAUAGGCCUGAGAUUGCAAAUGAUGACUUUGGGCAGCGGCAGAAGAAUCCUCGCAGAUAUACAGAGAUGAAGUUUGACCAGUGAAAUAAUUAGUUUGGUGAAACCUGUUUGAAUAAGCAGAUUAAGCCUAAUUUCACUGUCAAAACCUCUUCCAUAUGUUGGGUGUUGCUGAGUUUCUUAGUGCUUUUGGUGCUACAGGCCUUCCUCCUAGCCCUUUGUGUUGUCCAGUUUUGAUCUGGAGCACUUUGGGCCGCAUAUAUUGAGAUAACUUAGGUAGAUUGCAAAAUGCCUAGUCGUGCUGCUUAAAUAAAAUAAGAGUGCAGGUAUCUUGGGUGGCUGUUCCUUGUUCUUAUAUGCUGUUCUUGCCCGUUAAUUAUUUAGUGAAGCUUGCGAGAAUUGUCAUUUGGCUUCAAAUAUUAUGGAAAAAUGGAAAUACCAAAAAUUGUUGUGCAGCAGCUGUGUGUGUUUGGUGGAAUAAGUCCUUUUGUUCGUUCUUAUAAAUGUUAGUAGAGUUUCCUUACAUUCCGUUCGUUUGUGUUGCCUACUGCCCGGAGGUUUUGAAAGUACUUGCAUUUUAUGUAUUUUAAUAGAAACAGAGCUAACUCAAUCCAGAACUACGUGGAUUGAUUAUAAAGAUUGCUGUUCUUUGAUCCUGUAUUGAUGUUGAAAACAAACUUUGUUUGCGAACUAUAUCCGAGUAUUUGAUUAUUGAUCAUUCAAGUGUUUGGUUC